GGGGACGGGCGGGCCUGCGGGGGGGUGAAGGAGGACCUGCGGCAGUGCCUGCUGGAGAGCCCCUGCGUGCUCCAGGAAAACAAAAGCCCUAAACAGUGCUUGAGGGAAGGACACUGUAGGAGUUUGCAAGUGACGUUUUUUGCAUGCAAAAGAUCAAUGUUGGAUACCAGGGCACGAUUCAGAGGAAGAAAGGGAUACUGA